AUGGCGCCCUUCCGGGUUCUUCUCCACUGUAGAAGCCCACCAGCACCAAACCUCAACCAGUCACAGUGUUGCCUAAGAGUUCGAACAGAAAUCUUCCUUCCCCACGUGGCGGUAAUUAGAGAAGAGAACUCCGCUUUUCUUUGUGCAGUCCUGGAGGGGAAUAUGGAAGAGGUGGGAAGAAUCCACUCCGCAGGGCGACAACGCGCUGACGGCAUAAAGCCCCUUGACAUCGCCCGCAUGCAACGACCUGGGGAGUUGACAGUCAACAUCAGGGGCGAGCAGCAGCUCGUCUCCGGCUCCUGCCCUCCUGCACGAUCUGAAGCUCUGGAGCCGGGAUACCAUGUUAAGGCAAAGGAUCCAGCUUUUUCUGCUUUGUUAACCACACAAUCACAAGUGCAGAAGGAGAUUGUAAACAAACACAAUGAACUAAGGAAAUCAGUCUCUCCAUCUGCCAGCAACAUGCUAAAAAUGCAAUGGAGCAGAGAAGCAACAGCCAAUGCCCAAAAGUGGGCAAACAAGUGCACUUUAGAACAUAGUGAUCCUGAGGAACGAAAAACAAGUAGGAUAUGCGGUGAGAAUAUCUAUAUGUCAAGUGAUCCCAAUUCCUGGUCAGAUGCAAUCCAAACCUGGUAUGAUGAAAGUCUAGAUUUUGUCUAUGGUGUAGGAUCAAAGAGUCCCAAUGCAAUGGUUGGACAUUAUACUCAGCUUGUUUGGUAUUCAUCUUACCUCGUUGGAUGUGGAAUUGCCUACUGUCCCAAUCAAGAUAGUCUAAAAUACUACUAUGUUUGCCAAUAUUGUCCUGCUGGGAAUACUGUGAGUAGGAAGAAUACCCCUUACCAACAAGGAAGACCUUGUGCCAGUUGCCCUGGUGACUGUGACAAUGGACUAUGCACCAAUGGUUGCGAGUAUGAAGAUCUCCUUAGUAACUGUGCUUCCUUGAAGAAAACAGCUGGCUGUGAACAUGAAUUGGUCAAGGAAAAGUGCAAGGCUACUUGCCAAUGUGAAAACAAAAUUUACUAAAAUGCCCAGUGCAGGUCAUGUAGGACUAUGUGCAGAAGGUCUGCAUCAUGUAACUGACACACACCAGGGGAAAAUUGUAGGUAUGUUAGUUGCAAAUUUGAUCCCAAACAGCAAUGCACCUUUUUAUCCUAGAUCUUUACACAAAUCUCUUCCAUGCAAUAAUUUGCAAAAAUAGCAUAGUGUAUGGUGACAACUUUGCACUUUGAUAUAAAUUUGGUGCUUUAGCUAUAAUGAAUUGAAUGAAGUUGAGGAUUGUUAAAGUUGUAUAAUUAUAGGAUUUAGGUCACUAGAACUUUGGAUCAAAGUGGAGAAUUGAGUGUUUCCUGAAACAGCAUACUAAAGCCUGUAAUACCAUUGUCAGUCCUACUACAUGAUUUUUUACCUGCAUAAUAAAUAAAUUCAAAGCUUGACAUCUA